CGCGUAGACCGGUCGAUGUGGACGCCCGGCGCCGGCACGCGGCAUUUGUCCACAUUUCAUCAUAUAGACGGCAACGCGAUCGCGAGCACGCAGCACGCCGAAAUUGCGUAGCGCGUUUUGUUUUUGCCGUACAGCAUUGCACCGACGGACGGCCGGCCUAAACCGUAAGGUUUUCCAUUGACAUUACUGUUUGCCGGGUCGAGACACGAGUGCCAUCCGGGGUUACCGAACGGUCGCGAUAUUUCGUUAUUGCAGACCGUAGGUACCGCCGACACGGCCGGGUUCGUUGGGAAAAUUACAGUGGCCAAUACCGCGCCGCCGAAACGCGGUAUGCGGUCGUAGUGGUUAACGUAACGAGCCGUGGCGGUUGGCGGGCGUCGCGCGGACACAUGGCGACCGGCGACGCGCCGCCGAAUGGUAAGCACGUACGGUCGCACAGCCUGAAGAGCUUCCCUCUGGUGGCCGCCGCGGUCAUCGACGGCACCGUCAAGAAACCGGACGACCACGGCGGCGGCGACGGCGAUUCGCACGCGACAAUCUCGGCGGCAAAAUUGACGUCCACUUGGAAACAGGUUUAAUAUUCUUGUUUCGUCGCCCGCUAAAACUCACGGGCUAUUAAUAACAAUAUUGUUAUGCACAUUUGCCUAUAUCUACCUGCACACUGGUCGAUCGAAAAUUCAAUGGGUGGGAGGUGUUUUUUUUUUCCAUUAUUAUUAUCCUGGCGAUAGACGACCGGCUUUUCGCACGCUUUUCUAUUUUUCGCAGUGUUCGCGCGUUUCCGUCGAAUCGACCACGUCUGAUAAGUAUACCUCAUCUUAUGUAUACGUAGUAUACUCUGUCCGAGUGUUUCUCAACGUGGGUGCCGCCAACAAGUUAUUUAGGGUUGUCAAAAAUAUACAAUUUUUAUUUAGGGGUCGCUAAAAAAUGUUGAGAAACACUAUUUUAUCCAUUUUUUUUUUUUUUAUCAGGAGCUAAACUAUAAAACUUUAUUGACUGAAAUCUGGCCGAUUUUGAAUCAAAUUCAAGUGUAAUCGUGUGUAUUGGGAGUUGAGCAAAUCAUUAUACUCUCGUAGUAAAUUUGAAAUGGGGUCGGGUUUACCCCACUAACCUACGCCUCUAAAAAUGAUACUCAUAUGAAAAUGUAAAACACUUCGUAAGUAGGUAUUUUUAAGUGUCUAUCCCGCCUAGUGUUGUUACUCAUGUUUUAAUGUUUCCAUGGGAACACGACGAGCCCGAGUGUAUAAAUUUGUUUUGCCGUAUUAAUAAUAUACUUACCUACAUAAUAUACAGGGAUGGACAGUAUCUUCGAUUCGAGUAUUUUAGAUUACUGUAUUAAGUCUUGUAUCGCAAUAAAGUAUUUUAUUAUACUUGAUAGGUGUAUUACGAGUAUAAAUAUUAAAUAUGUAUACACUUUGAAAAAUGUGUUUUUUUUUCUAAAUAAAAGCUAAAUUAUUGACAUGAAUAUAUAGGCGAACACCCUCGAUUAAUCGAAUGAAGAAGUUACGUGCCCAAGGUCAGGUUAUAGUUGUCUGUGAAGAAUUUUGGAAUAUUGAAAAAUGCCCAUAUUAUAAUACACAAAUUUAAUACGAUAAUGACAAGAUUUUAAUUUUUAAUCGUGUCGAAGUUACGUGCUUUGUUAAAAGACCAUAUUAGCUGAUAAAGUAAGCCAUAUUUUUUUUUUUGACACACGCGCCACUCGCACCGAAUCGAGACGACUAACGAAGUAACGUUCGUUUAAAUUAACGAAUAUCUACACAAAUUGUGUAGGAAUUAAAAUCUAUAUUAUAAUUUAGAACAAUACGCCGUCUGAAAUAGAAAAUCAUUUAUCUAUUCUAAUCUUUAUGGAUGGUACAAAUUUUAAAAUAAAACAAUUUCCAUAGACGGAAAAUGAAUAUAUUAAUGUGUUUUCUGCAAAGACAAAAAAAAAAAAACAACGAAUAUAGUGUCACAUUGAUCUACAUCAAAUUUUCGCGUAAAUACAAAUAGGGUUAGUUUCUUUAUUUUGAAAAAAUGUAUAGUAAGUAAAUCUAUCAAAAAUCUGAAUUUCUGGUAGUUAUAUGUUUUAAUGAUAAAAAUCAAAGUUUACAAAGCCUUAAUUACUUCCGACUUAUUAUAUUCAGUUUCAUUUUUUAAACGAAAGGAAUAUUUAAAAAUAAUUAUUACAGUAUGUAUGCUAAUAUUACGAUUUAAAAAGAAACUGCACCUCCUCCUCCCAAAUAUUACCCACACAUAUGUCUGCUCAGUAAAAAUAAGUAAAAUAUAGUUUGAUUAUAUAUAAUCUAAAAGGGGUUCAAUAAAACUAAUUCGGGUUUUAAAAUUACAUUAAAAAUAACUAAAGCUCCAAACUUCGAAGAUUUAAACUAAAGGGGACAAACAAUUUUUCAUUAAAUAAGAACGGGGACUCCGUCCUACUUUAACUACGAUUUUGGCUACUUAAAUAUCUAGUAAACUAUUCGAAUAAUAUAAUAUAAUAAUAUCAAUUUAUUAUUGUAAUUUUAAUUUACUGAAUAUCUUGUAAUUAAAUUCUAUAAACAAAUUAUUAAUGUAUCUAGAUACUCAUAUUGAAGUAUAUUGCCCAUCCCUGCUAUGUAUGUAUACAUAUAUGACGCCGUUUAUAAGACCCACUUUGUAACUAGCACAGCGAAUCUUAUAACCGAAUGAAUCAUAUAGGUGAAACGGGAAAUAAACAAACAUUUUAAUUAAUUAUUAAUUUUAUAUUCCUAUAACGUUUCUAGUAUUACAUAUAUCUUAGAUAUUAUUAUUUAUAAAAUAUUAUUAAAUAAAUAUAAUAUUAUUAAUUAAAUACGGUGUUAUGUAACAUAUACAGUGUCCCAUGAAGAUUGAAGAUAUACUCAUAAGAUAAUAAAAUAAAGAUAAUUAAACUUUAUUUUUUUUUUUUUUUAUAUAUUACUCACAGUGAUAAGGGCUACAAAAAUUUAUAUUUGAAUUCAAUUUUUAUGUUUUAUAAAAAACUAAAACAAUAACUUAGUAUUUUAUUAUUUUCGAAAAAUUUGAAGAUAGCCAUUUUAUUGAGUUUAUUCUUCUGAAAAUUUUGACGUUUCAAUUUUUUAUUUUCAUCAGAUUUGUAAUUUUUAAUAAUUUUCAACGUUUAGAAAAAAUAACUAUAAUUUUGCAUCAUAUAAAAUAAUAAAAUAGUUAUUUUUUUUGUUUUUACCAAAACAUAAAAAAUUAAUUUAAAUAUAAAUAUGUGUAAUUCUUAUCAGCCAUAUACAGAUUGAUUUUUUUUUUAUUAUGAACCAGCAAUUAUCUUAGAGAAUUUUAAGUGAAUUUGAUUUCUGUUUUUUCUAAUCAUUAUGAAAUCGUUAAAACCAUUUUUAAAUUUUUCCUCUACUCCAUAUGUCUUAAAUAAGAACAUAAUCUUGAUUAUAAAAUAGAACCCCUCUUGAACAUAGAUUUGAAUAGCGAAUAUUUUUCUAGAAAUUGUGAUAUGCAUAACACUAAUAUCAUAUUAAUCGUUUAUGAUUUAUAACCAUUAAAGUAUUUAUAACCAUAAAGUCUAGACUGGAGGAGUAGGAAAGGGUUAUAGAUACGCAAUUUAUCAGUGAUUGAACCUUAUAUCCAUGAGUUUUAUAAGCGACGUACACUAUGUAUAAAAUAUGAGUGCGCAUUUUCUGAGUUAAUUACAAUAUUGUUAGUUUAAUAAAAUUCAAAGGAUACGAAAUUGUACACAAUUUUUAUUUUAUCUGUAAUUUGUUAGAUUUAUUAAUAUAUUAAAGAUAAAAUAAUGCUGAUACUGCUGAUGAGUGUAUCAUUGUUUUAGGAUAGAUGUUGAAAGGGAAGAUAUAUGAAGUAAUUUAAUUUAAAUCUGUACGCAACGAUAAACCAUUGCUAAUGAAAAAUGAUUCUAAACAGAGUAUUAUUAGAUAGAUAGAUAGAUUUAUUAUUAUUUCAAAUAAUAUAAUAAAAAUACAAACACAUUUGUUCCGAAAGCUUGAGCUUGUAGGUAUACUAGAAGAAUUCGUAAUGUUUCGUUUCUUAAUUUAGUAUUUAAUAUUCAUUUAUUAGUCGUAUUUUUCGUAUUUUGACCCUUUAGCCCAGAAAUCAACAAAAUUUUCAAUUUUUGUAAUUGUUAAAAAAUUACUUCCUAAUUGAAGCACUUGAUCCAAUUAGAUCAAACUAUCUGCUACAAGAAAAUUCCUGUACAGUUUUUGACUAGAGUCGAAUUCCUGGUAAAAAAUCGUUCAUGGAUACAAAAAAAAAUAAAAAAAUAUAAAAACUAUCAUAGUAAAAUUAAUACAUACCCUCACUUUGCUCAGAAUUAAAAAAAAAAAUUGUUUACUACAGAAAAUUUUAUACGGAAAAUCCUUAUGUAUUAUAGGUAAAAACACACUAAUUUACUUUAUUAAUAGUACUCAUUUUUAAAAAUUGUUCGUAUAGGUAAUCUAUUCAAAUUAAGGCUUACAUAUACUGUAUGUGUAGGGUAUACACUAUACAUACGUCAGAGGUGAACGUAAUAAUCAUUGUAACCGUGAUCAUUGCAGUUUUUUUUUUGGUAAUAUGUGUGUUGCCGCCACAGCCACAGAAUAAUACUAAUAAUAAUAUUACCUCUACCUACUACUAAUUGUAAAAUCUUUCGAACGCUCUUAUCAAUAAUACAUUCCGUGUUAAUUUUUUUUUUUUAGCUAUAUAAAAAGGUGUCCAAAUCAAAUAAUUUUGAAUGAUUUUAACUGAUUAGUUUUUUGCUUAUAAAGUUUGUUGCUUAAAUGCAUAAACGAGCAUACACUUAUACGAAAAAUCACACUGCAUUUACACAAUUUGUGUAUAUAAUGUUACAAAAAUAGGGACUUGUUUGAAAAGUUUUUAACGAGAGUUUAAAACACUUCGCAUCCCUACUUAAGCCCUUAUUCCCCGGAAUCCAAGAUUUAUGAAAUAAAAACAAAUUAAUUUAUAAUAUUAUAUUGAAUGUUAUAAUAAGGCGUGCGAUCGAACCAGAGAUCGAACUAGGCAACUGCUGCGGAGAACAAUGUCGUGGAAAAGUAAUACGAUCGUUAUGCAGCAGCCUGCAGAAGAAAGCAAACCAGACGACAUAUCGAGUACAUGGGAGAUACACGUAUGGGGUGAGUAUUAUAUGUUUUUUUUAUGAAAGGCAAAUUCUCUUCGUAUUUUCCAAGAAUAAUCGUCCAUUAUACAACGCAGUAUAGUAGAAAUACGCGAAAAAAUGACAUACUAUAUAGGUAAUGUAUAUAUAGUAUGAGAUAUCCGAAAUGAAAUAUCUGUCAAAAAAAGACACGUUAUAAACGGAAUGAUGUAAAUUUAAAUAAUCAUAUUGGAUUUUCACCUACAGGGUAUCCCACGAAGAUAUACUCAUUGCUGGGCCAUUAUCUUGAGAUAAUACAAUUUGAAGAUGGCCAUUUUAUUGAGUUUAUUCUUCUGAAAAUGUUGACGUUUCAACUUGUUAUUUUCAUUAAAUUCGUGAUUUAAAAUGAUUACACGCAGAAGACGGUAAUCACAUUCGCUAAUUGAUAAGGUAUUAUUAUUAUGGCUAAAUACACUUUGUUUCUCUGAACUUUAUACAAAAUUAUAAAAAAAUUACGUAAUAAAAAUAAAACAGAAUUUGAUUCUUUUUAUUAUUUCCGGAGAUAUUAAAACGGUUGUAUCUUCGUGGGAUACCCUGUAUACAGCGAUGUUGCAUAAUAAACCGAUAUUUCCUUCAAGUUACCCAAUAUUUUAUUUCCUCGUCAUUUAUUUUUAAUAUUUUUUUAGAUUCUGAGUGUCUUUUACUAUAAGAUGUGUGGUUUUUUGUUUUAUUGGAUACCUUUUUUCUGCUAGUAAAAAUGCUCCGAUAUUUUCAUAAAAUAUAAAAAAGAUACAGAUUUUUCGCACAGUGGUACUUAUUUAUUUGAAAACAUAUGUUAGAUUUUCAACAGUUACUCUAAAGCAAUAAACAAAAAAAAAGGGCUUGAGACUGGUGUAGCCACUGUUGUAAGUGAGAAGUUGAAAAGGUAGGAUAUAGAAGAGAAUUUAGUUUAUACAUAGUACGCAACUAUUAAUCAUCUAUACUGAAAAACGAUUCUGAUAUCCUUUUUUAAGACAACAAAGAUUGUUUAAAAAAAGAUUAAAAUAAUAAAAACUAAAUAAUAACAAAAAAAAAAAAAAAUAAAUAAAACCAUUAAACUGUCAAUGAUAACUUUAUUUUAACCUAAAAAUCAGUUUUUCUUCAUUAUCUCCAAUAUUAAUAAGAGUAUCAAAAAAGAUCUUUUUAAAGUACUAACAAGAGAUUAAAUGCAGCAACAGAGGUAUUAUUUCAUGUUUUGAUUGGAGUAAUAUUUCUAUGGAAAAGGUUGUUUACAGACAAAAAGAAAAAAAAUUAAAAAACAAUAGUAAAAUCAAUAAAUCCAACGCUUCAUUCAGAAUCUAAAACUAACAAUAUAUGACGAUGCGUCAGUUUUAUCUUCGUUGAUUUCUGGGUUACUUGGGUACAAGGAAAAAGAACAACUUAUACUAUAACCUUACUAUUUUAUCGAGCUCCUCUCAAAAUCAAUUUUUGAUUGUAACGAUUGGGCUUUCAGUACAUCAACUAUCCUAUACUUACCAAAUUUUCCACCUAUACAGCAGUGGCUUAAUAUCUACGGUGCGUACGGCUUUUAUUUUAUUAUUAUGAUGAUGUCCAGUGACGUGUAUUUACAAUUUUUUUUUUUAUUGUGAGCAAUGAACAAAAAAAAAAUAAAAAACACCGGGUUGUUAGGAGAACUUACACCCCUCGUUAUUUUGUAACAUAUUAUAUUUACGCUAUGUCGUCCUCAAAAAAAUGUAGACUACUCGUGUGUAUUUUACUUAAAACACGAAAGCGCUGGUUUGUUUAUUAAAUAUUUAUCUAUUAAAUAAAUAACUCAAAUAUGUUUUAUAUAUAUAAAUAUUUUUUUUUAAAGGCUUUAAGUCCAUCCUCUCUGCCCUUCCUUGUAAAUACGUCACUGUUACUCAUACAUAAAGUAGUGCCAAAAGCUAAAAAAUUCUUCUCUCGAAAAAUUAUUAAAUAAUUAGAUAUUUAUAUUUUGAUCAUAAAUAAGCCAACAUAUAAUUUUAGGAAUGUUAAAAAAAAUGAUUACUCUAAAAAAUUCAAUUGAUAUCUGCGCUUUCCUUUCCGGUGGAUAUUAAUAUUUUAGUACUGUAUAAUUUGUAACUUGGACAUUUUUUGAUAAAAGUUUAUUUUUCUUUCUUAUGUUCACAUUUUAAUUUCUAAAAUAGCAUCUUGGAUGAAACGUUACGCCAGUGAAGACGAGUCGAAGACAUUGGAUAUGCCGUUCAAGCUGUCAACUUUGCAAGAGGAAAAAUUCCUGAAUUUUUUCAAAUACUAUUUAGACGGCGAUUGUGACGGUUUCGUAUUCGAACACGAUUUUCAUCAGUUUGCUGAGGUAGGCACCUGACAUAAUCCAUAUCCUGAUUCGGUAUAGUUUCAUUUUUAUCCGUUAAGACACGUCUAGUAUACAUUACACAAAUAUAACAAGUAUAUAGGUACCUACUCAUUAUAUUAUCUAUAAUAAAAAUAUCAAGAAUUAUUAACCUUCUACCAUGUGUGUGGUUUCUGAAUUACAAAUCACGUGCGUGGUAUAAACAUUUGACGGAUUAAUAUCAAUAAAAUAUAAACACUAAUCAGGAUAUAUAGUAUAUACACAUGGCGAGAAAUUUAUAUAGGUAUAUAAGGAAAUAUAAACAUGUAUUAUUUAUUAUCCAUAAAAUAUACACAGUUAUUGAGUUAUGUAUUAUUUUUUAUAGGUAUGAGUAUACAUAUAUUAUAGGUAUUAUAUUAUAUUAUAUAUAUAUAUCUACGGGGUCUCACGAAGAUAUUAUAUGCAUUGUGGUAUUUCGAAAAGUUUUCAUUUUUUUUUUUUUGAUAAUUUAUGAAACAAGCAGUUGUAAAAUAUUGCAUUACCAUUUUUUUUAAUCUUAUUUUUGGGGGUGAAACCACUACCUCACUGUCUAUUUUUGAUUUUAAAAUGACAUCCUAUAUUAAACAUUUUAUAAAAUAUACGGAGUAGGUAUUAGUUUAAAUACAUUUUUGUGUUGAAAUUGUUUUUUCUACAUACUCAUUGAUGGAUGAGAUAUUACACUUUUUUUAAGUUUGGGUAGAGUAAGAGUAGUGGAGCAUAACAAUAUAUUUCAGGGUAAUUAUCCGCGCGUGUGUAGUAGAAGUUUAAAAAAAAGUUAUACAAUAACGUUCGUCAUCUACAGAUAUAAAUAUUAUUUUUAAUGCACGUGUUUCAAUACGUGAAUCGUGUAGAUCAUCGCGAGAAAAACGGACCUCACUUGCGUACAUUAUAAUAAUUACGAUCUAGAUAGAUUUAACUAUAUCGUUGAGCGAUGGAUCCAUAAUUUUAAACAAAUAUCUGAAAGGUCCCUCUUAAGUAUUUGGACUAAACGACUAGUUGAAAAAUUGAAUGUAGUAACAGCAGAAAGUGACCAUUAGGGUGGACCAAAAGAUAAUUUUUAUGUUCAUGUUUUAUUUUUAUGAUUGUAAUAAUACUAUAAACUUUUAUUUCACAAAAUAUUUGUUUGGUCCAUCUUAGUGACUAAUCGAUUUGCAACCGAAUUUACAUUUACACGACCGGUGUCAAAGGCAAAAAGGAUAUCAAAACGACUGGUGAUAUUUCUCCAUUUAGUACUCAAAAAUCCACAACUUAGUAAUAUUGUGUCUCACAGAAACUGGAAUGAUUUUAUUUUUUUGUAUUUGUAUAUGGACAAAUGGUAUAUUCUGCAUUUUAGAUUCUGAGUGGGGCGAGGAAUGUAUUGGUUUUACUCUGGGUUUUACAAUGAUGUUUAUUGUUUAUAUUUUUUUUUAUCUGUAAAAAACUUUUCUACCAGAAAUUUUGGUCCGAAUUACAAGUAUAUCACUUUUUCUGAAAGAAAAUCUGACUGAGUUAGUACUUUAAGGAAAAUUUUUUUUGAUUUUUCUAAGAGUUUUACCAAUAAAUGGGAAAAACCGGGAAAAAACAUGGAAAAACGUAGGAAAAACGGGAAAAUAGGUACAAUAUUAAACAAAUAUUAUUAAAGAAAAUAUAUAAUGCAUAGGUAUGUAUUUAUUUUACCAUAAUAUGAAAUAUAUAUUGUUGACAAAGCAAUUGUAUCAACCGAACUCCACUCAGAAUCGUUUUUCAUUAGCAAUGGUUAAUCGUUGCGUACAAAUAUACAUUAAAUUCCUGUCUAUAUCCUACUUUCCUAACUUCCUACCUACCAUAGUGGCUGCACCCAUUUCCACUAUCCUAGGACAGCUUUUUUAUUUGAUUCUGGGUUGAUAAUACCCUUUAUAUAUUUAUCCGUAGGGUUCCAUUUUUAAACACGCCGGAAAAACGUAAGUAUUUUUCUUUCAACAAAGAAAAUUGUAAUUAGGAGUUAGAUAUCUACUAAUUUUAAGAUUCAUAGUUUCCUUAUUUAUAUUAUUUAUCCAACCUUUAGUUUUUAAUUUAAAUAUUUAGACGGUACAUCUUUAGUAAAUUAUAUUUUAAAUAAAUUCAAUAAUUAUAUUGUGAUUUGUGUAUUAUUUUAUUAUAAUAUUUAGAAACUACGACGUUUCGCUGAUUGGUCACCGAGCAGUGAUGAAUAUAUAAUUUUGAAACAAGUUUUAAGAGAAUUAAUUCAAGUAUUCAUUCCGUGUGAAAGCGGUCAAAGUAAGUAAUGCAUAGUGAAAUUAUAUUCUACGACAUUGCUAUAAAUAUUUUGUGGGUAAACAUGUCCGAAAGGAUAUCUGAUGAAUAAAAAUUGGGCUUGCAGUCAAUGUGUCUAUGUAUAUAUUAUCUCUACAUGAAUGUAAAACCAACAAAUUUACUAAGUUAAAUAUUAAAUAUUAUAUUAUGUUUCGUGGUUAAUAAUUAUUAUAAAUUAACAAUUUUAUACGACAAAGGAAUGAUUCGUUUAUUUGUAUAAUUUAGGUAGGUAUACGUGCGUGUUUAGGGGGUGUUGCAGAGUAGAAAUAAAUUAGAUAGAAUGAUAUGCAUCCCGCGAGAAACAUUUUAAGUUCGUAUAUGCAUAUACAUAUUUAAAACAUUAAUCAUUUUUAGGGUUAAAUUCACAUUAUAAAUAUUAUGUUUUAGUAGGUAUAUAAAAUCAUUUGUGGUACCUAUACCCACUAUAACAAUCUAUUUUCGUUAAAUAUUUAAAACAGUUUCCUACAUAACUGUGUAUUAUACUUACAGUGUUUAUUGGUAGGUACCUAGUUGCACUAUGAUAGAUUAAAAAUAAAAAUAUUGUUAAAAUAUAUACUGUAUUAUAUUAUUAUUUUCUUUCUGCAAUUAAAAAUCGCACGAAUUCAAUUUUUGUAAUAUUCUUAGACGUUGCGUUUGUUAGUCUAUCAACAGACGACUGGUUAAAAAUAUGGUGUCAAACGUUAAGUAGCUGUGCCGUGGCCCCGGACAUGCCGUUGUGGCUGAAAUAUUUUCAGAAUAUAUUGUUCAAAUCUUUGGAUUCGGGUAGGUAAUAAAUUACGAUCAUAUAUACAUUUCAAAAGACGAAUUAACUAUAAUAGGUGUAUAAUACUUUUUUUUUUAGGUAAAGGUGAAAUAGAAAAGGCGAAUUUGCAAAGAUUCUACAGUACGUUUCUCGAUGCAAACUGCGAAGAAGCUAAACAAGUUGUGAUCGACGUGGUAUACAAUUCACUAACGUCAGUGAGUAUUAUUUAUACUUGUCAGUUGUUUUACCAUUUAUUCACUUUACUAACAUUAUAAUUUAUAAUAAUCAUAGGGGGGAACAAUAUCAUUUUGUACCUUUAUUAAGUUUUGACCGGGUUUCGUGGUAUACAAGUCGUCAUACUCGUAUUUUGUUGUUAUACAUUUUGUAUUCUAAUAAAACAGUAAGCUAUAAUAUAAAAUAUUAAAAUAUAAUUAUUUAGAAACAACUUUAACUAUUACAGAUCCGGAUUUUAACCUUAUAUAAAUUUAUAUAGUCUGUAAAAAAAAAAAAAAAUACUUAAAAACAUUUUACAUUAAAAACAAAUUACAGCAUCCUCGCCUUGCAUACAGAAACUAAAAUACAUUAUAGGUAAGAACGUUUAAAAUAAUUAAUUUCAAAACCUUCGCGAAGUUGUAUAAUCUAAUUUUACAUAUACUUUUAAUAAAAUAUACAGCUAUAAUUAUUUAAAUUUUUAUAAUUUCUCUCCUCAAACAUUAUAUACUGAAUUUUGAGUUUGACGUGUUGUGGAGAAUAACCUUCAAAGCUGACAUUUUACAAUUUGCGUCACCAUUAAAUCGCAUAAAAAGUUCUUACCUAUCGAUACUUAUAUACUCUCGAGAGGCCGGGGACCAAUUUAGCAUAUUGAUAAUUACAUAACUAGCACUGUUCCAUAAUAUAAUUCCCGAGAUCGACUGGGAAUAUGGGUAUUAUAGGCGCACAGCGGUCCGAGUGUUGUGCAAUUACCAGGUGAUUCAUUUAAGUGGGUACACUCAUUAUCUCGGAAAGUAUUUACUUUUUCCGGAAUUUGUUUUCUAGAAAAUUUAAGAAACAAGUUGCUCUACAAUUUUAUGUUUAUUUUAUUUUUUGUCACCCUUAUUUUUGGGGGUAAAACCACUACCUAAUUUUGUUUUCCAAAUGGAUAUUAAAAUAUCCAUAAAUAGCUGGAGUAUUAGUUAAAAUAAAUAUGAGUGUUAAAGUUUUUGAUUAUGUCAAGCCAUUGACGAGAUAUUCCACUUUUAAGUUUCGGUUAGGGGAAAGUAGUGGUGCAUUAUUAACACGUCACGCGCUGUGCCGCCUCACAAAACAUAAUUGUCCACUACUCUUUGCCGAUCCAAACAUAAAAGCGGACUAUCUAUUAGAUCUAUUAGAUGACGAAAAUCAAAAAUUAUUUAUGGAAUUUUUAAUACAGGUUGUCAUUUAAAAAUUAAAAAUACCUAGGUGGUAGUUUUAUUCCAAAAAAUAACAUAAAUAUAAAAUUGUAGAUCAGCUUGUUUCUUAAAUGUUCUAGAAAACAAAUUCCAGAAAAAGUUAAUACUUUCCGAGAUAAUAAGUGUACCUACUUAAAUGAAUCACCCGGUUUAUACUCGUAGUAAUAAGAUAGACGUAUCGUAAGAUAUUUUCCGCCUUAAAGUGAAAAUUUUACUGUUGUAUUACUAAUUUCAUUUUUCCGCUUAAAUUUCUUUAAAAUUGUAUGCCUUCCUAAAACAACGUAUGUAUUGCUAGUACCCUAACGACGGGCCUGAAGACAGUAUUUUAACUAGUGGUUAUAAUUGAACACUUGUACCUAAAUAAAUUAACGUGUAAACUACUUGCAUAAGGGUCAAUAAUACGUAAAGGGCUUCGCUUCCAAACUCUUCCAUAUAAUUUGUUCGCAUAAGCUAAAUAAUUUCUCAUUACUCAUCCUCAUUAUUCUUAAUAUUAUUGUUUAGUUUGAUUUAUUCAAAAAAACAUAAAAUAAUAAAUCACAAUUAAUAACUUAAUAAUUCGUUUCUAUUCAGUUAAAUAAUACUUUACACAUUUUUUUGUAGGGAAUUAAUAAUAAUUCUUUUUCAUAACUAGUAAUAAAAUAUGUUACAGGUAAGAUUAUAUACAAGAUGAUAGAAAAAAAAAAUCUAGCAUUAGAAUUAGUGGUGGCGUUAUUCUUUCUGAAUCAUUUGUUAUCGGCAGUUUUAUAAUUGACUAUAUCCAAAUCUUUACGUACCUAUAGUUCAGAAUUUCAUUUAAAAAAGGGCGGACCAUUUAAUGUAUAAACAUUAGGUUAAAGUAAAGUUAAAGGUACACGAGUGGGUAUACUCAUGACAAAACAAAUUUGUAUACGUGUACCCGCAGACUUUUCCCUGUUUUUUUGGGUAUACAUAUGUUUUGAAAAAUGAAAAGUGAGUACCUACUUAUUUAAGGUUUGUACCCUUUACUACGGUACUAACCUAUCAGUAUAAACUAACGAUUUGAAAUUAUUUUUAAGCUUUAAUUUAAAUGCGUUUAACGUGAACAUUUUAAACUUUGAUAAUUUCCAUAUAUUUAGAUGUAUAUCGUUAGGUUAGGUUAGGUUAAUCGGUAUAUUAAGCGGAACGUCAAAAUCCCCAAAAUGCCCAUUUUUAACAUUAAUGUAAUGCAUAUAAUGUACGAAAUUUAAUUCUGUAAGUUAAAAUCUAAAAAACACGCACACAUUCCUGGAACAAUAAUAUGAUGCUGAAAUUUGUGUUCAAAUUUAACUCGGCUUUUAUCAGUUCGAACCACCCAUAAAAAAACUUAUUUCAUGCUUAGGUACAUUUUGAAAACUUUGAGUGGAUGAACAAGUUCGAUAAUCACCUCCAUUUUCGAGAAAAAUUUGACAAAAAUAAAAAGGAACAAUUAACGUUUUUUUACUUGUGUAACGGUGGUUCGGAUGGUAACAUGGUCCUUUUUUGUUAAAUACAUUAAUGUCAUAUUGUUUUAAUGUGUUUGUAUAGAACGGAGAUUUUAGGUUGGAUCGAGAAACUUGGGGUCAAUGUUUUGCCAACUGGUUGUUGGGCACUAAACCCAAUGGAUGCGGCCAAUGGUUGUUCGGAAAGUGCGGCCCAAUUCCCGAAUUCUUCCCCAUCGAUUAUUCCGCAAUGAAUUCCACGGCCGACACGAGGGACAUUUAUUCGCACAAACGACGGAGUGACAGGCAUUCAAUUGUGGUCUAAAGAACGCGCCGCAAUAAUUAUAAUCGAUAUCUAUACCUACAUACUCAUUAUUGUUGUGUUGCCAUGCGUACAAUAUGCUAAACAAUCCAUAAAAAGUAUUUUUUAUAAAAUAGAAAAAAAAAAUAGUAAAU